UAGCAGUGACUUGUCAAAUUUGUUAAAAUCAUCAUUCACCGAAUAAAAUAAAAAUUAAAUUGUGAAUACAUAUUACAUUAAAGAAAUAGAAAUAAAUAAUUGAAAAUGACAGUAAAAAAUAAAACUGAAGAGCCCAAGAAAGAAAGCGCUGAGCCAGCACCAGCACCUAACGAUGAUUUGUCUGAAGAAGAUAAACGCCUCCAAGAAGAGCUUAACAUGCUUGUUGAGAAGCUUACCGGAAGCGAGGUGGAACUGUAUUUACCAGCGCUCCAGAUGCUAAGCAACCUUAUAAGAACUUCAACAACUUCUAUGACAUCAGUACCUAAGCCAUUAAAAUUUCUAAGGGAGCAUUACCCAGCACUUAAAGUAGUGUAUGAAAAGAUUACUGAUGAAAAGACAAAGAAAUUUUGUGCUGAUGUCGUUUCUGUGCUGGCUAUGGGUGUUAGUGGUUCUCCUGAUGCCGCUGAAAAGAGGGAAUGUCUUAAAUAUUGUCUGCUAGGGACAAUGUCAAAUGUUGGAGAAUGGGGACAUGAAUAUGUUAGGCAACUAGAAGGUGAGAUAGCAGAAGAAUGGAACCUAGAGAACAUGCACGUACUAAUGCCCCUAGUGCGUGAUGUUGUCACAUUUGACAUGCAGCACUCUGCAGAGAUCCAGGCUUGUGAUUUGCUCAUGGAGAUAGACCGUUUAGAUCUGCUGUCGCAACACAUGGACCAGAGCAAUUAUCCCAGAGUCUGCCUUUACUUAAUUGGCUGUGCCAGUUAUGUGGUGGAACCAGAGGCCACACAAAUCUUACAAGGUGUGCUCGACACAUACUUGCGUUUCAACGAAUACCCUCGUGCUUUACUAGUUGCUAUGCAAUUACAUGACAAGACCAAAUGUGAAGAAGUCUUCAAUGCUUGUAAUGACGUCCUAAUCAAGAAACAGCUGUGUUACAUGUUGGCCAGACAAUAUGUCCCAUUAGACUUGGACGAUGAAGAUUUACGGACUAUACUGUUAAAUGCCCACAUAAAUGAUCACUUCUUGAGCUUGGGUAGAGAGCUGGAUAUUAUGGAGCCUAAGACACCUGAAGAGGUAUACAAAACAUGGUUAGAGUCGGCUGGCUCAGCUCUACGGCCAUCAUUGCUAGCAGAGCAUCCAGUGGACUCGGCUAGACAAAACCUCUCUGCCACAUUUGUGAAUGCCUUCGUCAACGCAGGCUUCGGAAGAGAUAAGCUGGUGACAACUGAAGAUGGCAAUAAAUGGAUGUACAAGAAUAAAGAUCAUGGAAUGUUAUCAGCAGCAGCGUCACUAGGGAUGAUCCAUCUGUGGGAUGUGGAUGGUGGCCUGACUCCCAUAGACAAGUACUUGUAUACAGCUGAGGAGCACAUAAAGGCUGGGGCGUUGCUCGCUCUCGGUCUCGUAAACUGUGGUGUGCGCAAUGAGUGUGAUCCUGCACUUGCUCUUCUGUCAGACUAUGUGCUACAUUCCAGUGCUAACUUGAGGAUUGGCAGUGUUUUGGGUCUCGGCAUAGCGUACGCGGGCACGCAGCGCGAAGACGUGCUGUCUCACCUGCUGCCCGUGCUGGCCGACACGGCCGCGCCGCCCGAGAUCUGCGCGCUGGCGGCCGUCGCCUGCGGACUCAUUGCCGUGGGCUCGUGCAACGGUGACGUAACAUGUGCCAUUAUCCAACGGCUCAUUGAAGACAACAAAGAUUUGCAUUCUUCAACCUAUGCGAGGUUCCUACACUUGGGCCUAGGAUUGUGUUUCUUAGGAUGCAAGGAGCGUACCGAGGCGACAAUGGCAGCGCUGGAGGUGCUCCCUGAGCCGCAGCAGUCGCUGUGCCAGACCACGCUGUCGAUGUGCGCCUACGCGGCCACCGGCGACGUGCUCGUCGUGCAACAGAUGCUGCACAUCUGCUCCAAGCACUACGAGACAGAUAAUGAACAAUCGUCGGCGGAAGAUACAGCUUUCAAGAAACAGGACAAGAAGGAGUCUAAAGAGAGCAGCAGCAGUAGCUCCUCUGGUACAACUAAAGAUGACAAGAAUAAAAGCAAAUCAAAGGAGAGCAAGAGCAAGGAGAAGGACAAGGAGAAGGAGGCAAACAAGGAGCUAUCGUCAGUCCAAGCUGUGGCCACCCUGGGUGUCGCCGUCAUCGCUUUGGGUGAAGAGACUGGUGCUGAGAUGUGUACACGCAUCUUUGGACAACUGGGUCGGUACGGCGAGCCGGCCGUGCGGCGCGCGGUGCCGCUGGCGAUCGCGCUGUGCUCCGUGUCCAACCCGCAGCUGUCGGUCAUCGACGUGCUCAACAAGUACUCGCACGACUCCGACAACGACGUCGCCUACAACGCCAUCUUCGCCAUGGGGCUUGUCGGCGCCGGAACCAACAACGCGAGACUGGCAACAAUGCUGCGCGCGCUGGCGUUGUACCACGGCAAGUCGCCCGUGCACCUGUUCAUGGUGCGGCUGGCGCAGGGGCUGUGCCACGCGGGCAAGGGCACGGUGACGCUGUCCCCCGCGCACGCCGACCGGCGGCUCGUCAACCAGCCGGCGCUGGCGGGGCUGCUGGUCGUGCUCACCGCCUUCCUAGACUGCAAGAACAUAAUUCUUGGAAAAUCACAUUACCUGCUGUAUGUAUUGGCAACAGCCAUGCAACCCCGUUGGCUUGUCACCCUUGACGACAACCUCCAGCCCUUAAAUGUUAGCGUACGUGUUGGUCAGGCUGUAGACGUCAUUGGCAAAGCUGGAACCCCUAAAACAAUUGCUGGCUCCCACACACACACCACUCCAGUGUUGCUGUCAUUUGGUGAACGCGCAGAAUUGGCUACUGAUGAGUACAUCCCAUUGUCACCAGUCAUGGAAGGCUUUGUGAUUCUCAAGAAAAACGAGGACAGUGUCAUGGCCUCAGUUCAGUAGAGAACUCAUAAUUAUAUCAUUAAUAAUUAAUUAAUUACCUAGUAUUAAUUUUAUAAUGUAUGUAAUUUCCUUUGCGUUUUUAAAUAAACAGAAUAACUACAUCAUU